CCAGGUUCAAACCUCUACCAACAAGACCAAUAACAUUGUUUAAAUAUUCCAAUUUAAGAAUGUUUAUGUGUUUCACCGCCAAUUACAAUCCCUUUUAUAUUUGGUUUGGCAUUGAAGGUGAGACAUCUUGCUACAAGCAGAUGAAACCAUGAUAUGGGUGGGUAUGAAGCUAAAGGAAAGCCAGGAUUUGGCCUGAUAUUCCAGGUUGGUUAAGCGAACUAUGAGAUUACCUGUAAAAUAUGGAAGCAGCAGAAACCUCCUUUGGCUCAAACUGACAGUCAGACCUGUCAGUCCUGAGUAAGCCUUGCAACAUCAUUCAAAUGAAUUGCUAAUUAAAUUAUCUCUGCAAUACCUUUGCAACCUGGAACCCGAACUCUGGAGAGCACUUGGCGUAAGAAACAGAAGAGAGGAGUGUGGUUUCCAAUUGGGUGAAUUCCUUUGUACUAUGGAGAUUGAGGAGUUGGAGCAAACGGAGGCUUUUGACAACUCACCUUGGCCCGUUACUACUCUCCCUGACUGGAUGUCAUGUUUACCUGACCAUCUCUCUCUGUCCCAAAUUUCCAUCCCCGGCACUCAUGACUCCAUGAGUCUGUUUGGUGGCUCAAAGAUUCGAUGCCAGAGUUGGCCGCUUGAAGCACAAUUAAUGGCUGGUGUACGCUUCCUGGAUAUUCGUUGUAAGCUAGAAGGUGGCAACUUCCUUAUCUACCAUGUCAACACCUUCCAAAAGGCCACUUUUUCUGAUGUAUUGAAAGACACCUUGAAUUUCCUCCAGCAACACCCCCAGGAGGCAAUACUCAUGAGGGUGAAAGAGGAACUCCCAAUUAUUCCCAAUAAAGGUUUUGCUCCUCGCUUGCAGCGCUAUUUGGAUGAAGAAGGAGGGGGCCGAGUCUGGGCAAAAGAGGCCCUUCCUACCUUAGGCCAAGUCCGCGGGAAGCUUGUCAUCUUGGAGGAACUAAAGAACGAGGUGUUAGGAGUCCCCUAUGAGGAGCUCAGUGUUGGCGAUGCUUGGCACGUUCUCUCUCCGGAGCGCAAAUGGGAGCAGGUGCAGGAGCAUCUUGGUGUAGCAACUACUGGUAACAAGGCUGUUUUGCACCUUACUUUUUGCUCUGGGAAUGGGCUCUUCACUAACCCCGAGGCAUUGGCCAAAGAGAUCAAUCCACGUUGUUACGAAUAUUUGAGAGCCCGAACUGGAGAAGCAGUACGUUGGGGUGUCGUGAUCAUGGAUUUUCCUGGUGUAGGACUCAUUCAAACCAUCACAGAGAGUAAUUGUGAAACAAGGAAUGUUCACACAACCGCUUCGCAUUUGUGAUAAAACAAGGCAG